AUGAACCACACCCCUCCAUACAUGGACGUUCACUCGUCGCACUUGUCAUCUGCUCAGCCGUAUGCUUCGCAAGCUGCCACGGCUGGUGGCAUGUCUCAUUACUCUUACCCGGGACAACCCCCGGUCUUGCAGCCGGCCUCGACUACCUACGGACCCGCCAGUUCGUACUCGCAGUAUGCCUACCCUGGGGUAACCUCUCCCCAGUCUGCCACUCAGCCACCUACGACCUCCAUGACUGCCGCCCAAUUGCUGCCAUUGCCAGCUGUCACCAAUCCCUCUGUGGCACCACCGUACGGAAACACUAGCGGCAGCCCGACGCAGGGAUAUGUGUAUGAUACCACUGGUCAGAUUGCGCCUCCCGGGGCCAAGCCACGUGUGACGGCCACUCUGUGGGAAGAUGAGGGCAGUCUUUGCUAUCAAGUUGAAUCCAAGGGUGUCUGUGUUGCACGAAGAGAGGAUAACCAUAUGAUCAACGGUACCAAGCUGCUCAAUGUCGCUGGCAUGACUCGUGGUCGCCGUGACGGUAUCCUGAAAAGCGAAAAGGUCCGUCAUGUGGUCAAGAUUGGUCCUAUGCACUUGAAGGGCGUGUGGAUUCCAUUUGAGCGGGCUUUGGAAUUUGCCAACAAAGAAAAGAUCACGGAUCUGCUGUAUCCCCUGUUUGUGCAUAACAUUGGUGGUCUGCUGUACCACCCUACCAACCAGACCCGGACCAACAUGGUCGUUCAAGAGUCGCAGCAGCGACGACUGGAAGCCCCUCAGCUUACCCGGACCCCGGGACCACAGUCGUCUGCCCUGCAUCAUCACCACGCACUGCAGACACCAGUGCCCUCGCAUCUGCCUCCACACAGCAUGGCGUCGCAGCCGGGCCGACCGGCCCUUGACCGGGCACACACCUUCCCUACUCCUCCGGCCAGUGCAUCGAGUCUCAUGGGCAUCACGAACCAGAACAGUUCAUAUGAGUGGGGCAGCCAAGUGCAGAACUCGCAGCCGCUGUCCAUCGAUACGACGCUGAACAACGCGCGGUCUAUGCCCACCACACCCGCCACGACUCCGCCAAGCAGCCUGCAAGGGAUGCCAUACCAAACCAGCCAGCCAGCAUAUGACACGAAGCCGUAUUACUCGGCAGCCCCGGCCUCUCACGCGCAGUAUGCUCCUCAGCACCCAUUGACGACGUACGGACAGAGUCUGCCCUCGUCUACAUAUGUGAAGAGUGAAAUGGGUCCUCCAUCGGCACGAAACCCGCCGGAGAGUGAGACUGCUGAUGUCAAGCCGCCGGCUAAUGGUCAGAACACCGAGGCUGAGCAGGAGUCUGAGUACGUGCAAGACAGCGGUAGCUACAGCAGUGCCAACCGCGGGUCGUACACGUACACCACCAACCCGUCGGUGAGCACGUUGACGGGGGAGCAUUCCCAGCUGACCCCCGAGCUGAGCUCUCCAUCUCAGCAGAACGGGUCGGGUCGCAUGACCCCUCGCACCGGUGGUGCCCCCCCCCCUCAAUGGACCGGGUACAAUACGCCUCCGCGCCCGGCUGGCGCAGGCAGUCUUUACAACAUUGUCAGUGAUACUCGCGGCACGCCGGCCAACGGCUCAGAAUCUUACUCGGUCGCAUCCAACUCCGCUCCGACAUACUCGGGGAUGAAUGGAUCGUUGAGUGCUGGCAGUAAGCGUAUGCGCGAGGACGACGACGUGGACCAGGUCGUUCGUCCGGACAGUCGGGGUACCGACUAUGACAGCAAGCGACGAAAGACCAUCACCGAGGUGAACGGUCCUCUCGUUGGACCGCCUCUGAUGCAGCCCAUGAAGGCCGGUGGUGUUCGUCGUUGUUAG